UGUUUUAGUUUAAAAAUGCCCAAAACGAAAGGGAACAGAGAACACUUGCAACUGUUAUCUUUUCCAAGUGCAGACACUAUAUAUAUGAGUGCUUAGUUUAUACAGAUAGUCAUAUUCAUAAGCUUAGCAGCUAUGGACAAGAGAGCUCUGAGCUUGGUUGCAGUAUUUAUUCUGCUUAUGUCUUUGAGAGAAGUCUUGGGUAUUAAGCAGUCCUAUGUGGUUUACUUGGGAGGGCAUAAUGAAGAUUGCUUAGAUCCUGAAACGGUGACUGAUUCUCAUCAUGAACUACUUGCAAUGGUAUUGGGAAGCAAGGAAACAGCCAAGGAUUCAAUCUUUUACUCAUACACUAGAAGUGUGAAUGGGUUUGCUGCUCAUUUAGAAGAAGAACAAGCUGCUGCUAUUUCAAAGCUCCCAGGAGUACUAUCUGUAUUUGUUAACAGAGAACGAAAGUUGCACACAACUCACUCAUGGGAAUUCCUUGGAUUAGAAGAUGGAGAUCGAGAAGCACAGACUGAAGUAAUCGAAUCUCAUUCACUCUGGAGUAAAGCAGGAUUUGGAGAAGAUGUCAUUAUUGCUAACUUGGACACAGGUGUAUGGCCUGAAGCUGCAAGCUUCCACGAGACAGGGUUUGGCCCUAUCCCGUCCAGAUGGAGAGGAAGUUGCCAAAAUGGCACCAAAUUCGGUGCAAUUAAUUGCAACAGGAAACUGAUUGGUGCAAGAUACUUUAUCAAGGGGUACAUGGCUGCUGCAAACAAAUCUCUAAGUUUCACCAAAACAGGAGAUUAUCUUUCACCACGAGACAAAGAUGGGCAUGGGACUCAUACCCUGUCCACCGCAGGUGGGAAUUUUGUGAAAAAUGCAAAUAUAUAUGGAUAUGCACAAGGGACUGCAAAGGGAGGUGCUCCCAAUGCCAGGGUUGCAGCCUACAAGGUUUGUUGGCCCAAUAUAAAGACAGAUGCAAGCUCAUGUUAUGAUGCAGAUAUACUUGCAGGAAUUGAUGCAGGUAUUUAUGAUGGAGUAGAUGUGUUCUCCAUUUCUCUUGGAUCUUCUCCUCCUCUUGCAGAUUAUUUCCAAGAUGGUAUUUCCAUCGGAGCAUUCCAUGCUGUCCAAAGAGGAAGAGUGGUGAUAUGUUCUGCAGGAAAUGAUGGUCCAACACCAGGGACAGUGUCAAAUGUGGCUCCAUGGAUUAUUACUGUAGGAGCAAGUAGCAUUGAUAGAGAGUUCCUUUCUGUUGCUUACCUUGGAAAUAAUAAGCUUUACAAGGGGCAAAGUCUCUCUGAAUCAACCCUACGGAAGAAAAUGUAUCCCCUAGUAUCAUCAGUGGAUGUCACAGCACCAACUGCAAAUAAAACUGCUGGAAAAUUUUGUUUUCAAGGAGGUCUAGACCCAAAAAAAGUUGAAGGCAAGAUAAUUGCUUGCCUUCGUGGUAUCACUGCUAGAGUUGCAAAAGGUGAUGCAGUUCGAAUGGCAGGAGGAGCUGGCAUGAUUCUUUGCAAUGCACCUGAAAACGGCAAUGAAGUUGCUGCAGACUCUCAUGUUAUUCCUGCAACACAAUUGAAUGCAGAUGAUGGGGCAACAGUCCUUGACUAUAUAAACACUACGAUAUCCCCUGUUGCUUACAUUGCUCCUCCAAUAACUGUAUUGAACACAAAGCCAGCUCCUUCCAUGACAGCCUUCUCUUCCAAAGGACCAAGUUCUCUUUCUCCUGACAUACUUAAGCCUGAUAUCACGGCUCCAGGUUUGAACAUCCUUGCAGCAUAUUCAAAAGCAUCAUCACCAACUGGAGUUGCUUUCGAUCAUAGGCAUGUUGCCUUCAAUGUACUUUCAGGUACAUCUAUGUCAUGUCCACAUGUUGCUGGUGUUGCAGCCUUAAUAAAAGCAGCACAUCCUCAUUGGAGUGCAGCAGCCAUUAAGUCAGCCAUUGUGACUACAGCCAGUAGAAUUGACAACACUAAGAAGGCAAUUAAGGAGGCAUCAAUGGAAAAAGCAAGUGCAUUUGACUAUGGUGGAGGACAUGUCAAUCCAAACAGAGCUUUAAAUCCUGGCUUGAUAUAUGAUAUAGCUGUUCAAGACUACUACAUAUUCUUCUGCAGUUUGGGCUACAAUGCAACCCAGAUGAAGAUCAUAACAGGGAAGCCCUUCUCCUGCCCAUCUCAAAAAGAGGCUAUAUAUAAUCUCAACUAUCCAUCCAUUACUGUCUCACAGCUCAAAGGACCUGUCUUUGUGAAAAGAACUGUGACAUAUGUAUCAAAGGGACCAGCAGUGUUUGAAGCAGAGAUAAAGUCCCCUAAGGGAGUGGUAGUUGCAGUGAAACCCAACAAACUUGAGUUUUCAAACUAUGGAGAGAAGAAAUCAUUCAGUGUAGUGAUGAAACCAGGGAGAAGUUUUAAGAAGGAAUAUGUUUUUGGGUCUUUGACAUGGAAAUCUGCUAGCCAUGUUGUUAGAAGUCCCCUGGUUGUAAAGGUAGUAAGUGCGACCAAAAAUUCAAAUUAAGCAGCCCUCGGAUAGCCACCUGAAAAAGAAUGUAAUUUAUAUUGGUUAUAGAAAAUCGAGAUUAUUUAA